AUGCCGACUCUACGAAGAAGAGCUGAGCCAUCGCGCAGUACCGAGGCAGAUAUUGAUGUCGACGAGACCAAGACUCGCGCGAUCGAGCCCGUCGCCAGCAACCUCGAAACUCUUGCCACAGCACCGGAUGGCACGGUGGAGGCUCUUGGAGUCGUCAAUGACGCGACGGAGCUGCCCGCGACGAUGACGAAGGAGGAGGUCAGCGAACAGAUCAGCGAGCGGGACCGCGAUCACUUGCAUCCGAGACUGCAACGCUCGCAUCUGCCGACCGCACUGCAGUUCCCGCUCGUCACAGUGCUUAGCUUCAGCAUUUCGAGUCUGUGCUAUAGCUUCCUCAGCGAGUGGAGCCGGGGUGAGCUAGCGGGCAUCUCAAAGAGUCUGGAUACUUGGGGAGAGGUUACCGCGUUGGCUGGUUGGCGGAUAUUCGAGCUCGCGCUAGGUUGGUUUGGGAACUUUGACAGCUACGAUCUCGCUGCGCUCAACCUGCUUGCGCAUGGCCCAACGAUGUACCUCAUCGCCACAUUCUACAACAUCAGCCCUGCGACCGCGAUCUCGGCGCUGGGCAUCGAGAUGCUGUCCACCUUUGUGCCGUUCCAGCUCCUGAGACCUCUGUCAGGCGCUCACGCCGGCGCUAAGAACGUCGCAAACCGCGAGCUCCUGUCCGACAUCCCCAUCACCCUCUUCACCACUAUUCUGGCUGCGGGCACUUACAGCUUCACCCUUUUCACCGCAUACAAGACAUUCUUGCCCACGAACCUCGUGCUCUACUUUGAGGGCCUGCCCAACCUUGCGCCCGCGUACACGGCCAACUUCCUCACCACUUUGCCUGUGACGCUUGCCUUCGGCAUCGCCGCGAAGACGUACAUCUUCACCCCUUUUGUUGCGACUGGCAAGACUGCCGAGGACGGCAAGCUGGAGGAGUUUGAUCCCGCUACAGCGACACUUGGCGAGACUCUUGCUUGGAAUUUCUGGGGUUACACCACACGAGCAAAGGUCGUCAUUCUGCGCACGACGGUGGCUAUGAUCCUCACGGGUGUCAACACCUACCUACAGACUUUCAUGACGAUCAACGGCGUUGAAUCGUACGGCGCGGCUGUGUACGCUGGAGUGUGGGUUGCCGCUGCAUUCCUCGCCGGCGUCGGUCUUGGAUUUGUUGGCGGUGGGGAGGCAUGA